AUGUCUUCUAGACCAUAGUUAUUUUAAGGAUUUUAUAGCCCAGAUGAUCUAGUCUAUUCAUCAUAUAAUAGUGAAUCAAUUGCUAUGAUUAAGCCAAGUGAACAAAUAAAAUCGCUUUUACAUGGUCGUUUUCAAAAUUGCUCAAAGAAUCAAACCGAACCAGAGGAACAAAUAGAUUCAUUAAAUUAUUAAAACAAAGGGAAACAUAUUAAUUAGGCAAAAGAAAUAUAGAUUUAGAAAUCAAUUUAAUAAUUGAAACAUAAAUUGCAAUAACAAGAAAAAGAAUAUUAUAGUAAAGAAUUAUUACUGUAAGAGUAAUUAUUACAAGCAUAACUUGAACAUGAUAAAUUGAUGAGAUUGGCAAAAUAAAAAUAUGAGUUGAUUAUUGAUAGUCUAAAAUAACAGUUAAAAUAAAAGGAUGAAGUUAUAUAUGAUUUAGGUCUCAAAUUGAGAAUAGCUUAAACAUCUUAACAAAAACCUGAUAAAGUAAUAAUUGGAAAGCAUUCAAAAAAAUCCUCCCUUAUGACUGGUGAUGAAUUAGAUUCAGAAGGGGCUUGCACAUAACGAACUUUAAAUGUUCCUACACGUUCCUCAACUUCUCAAUAAUAAAAUGAUGAUAAACUUUUAAGUCUUUAUAGACAUGAAAUUGAUAAAUUAAAAUAUUAAACCUUCGAAUUUGCAUAAAAAUUUGAGACUGAAAAAAGAACUAUUAAAGAUGAAAUCUCUUUACUCAAGAAUUAAAAAUUAUUACUACAAACUUUAUUGACAACUAAAUAAUCUCCAUAAUCUGAUAGGAAAUUAACUAGAUCUGAAGCAAAAAGUUCGUCUAAAACUCAGAAAUAGGAAAAUUCAUCUAUAAGAAUGCCUAAAAACAAAACCAGAUAAUAAUUAAGAUUCGACUGAG